CCACACCCAUUCAGAGAGGUAAGGAGCUGGUGCAAGAGAACCAGAACCUUCUAAACUUAAUACCACCCAACCCUCAGGAGAGGGCACCUGCCAGGGGUAGAGGGGCUUUUUUACAGAAUGCAGAGAGACAGAAAACAGUUCAGACAGAUUCCAGACUUCACAUGCCCAACAGCAAAGGGGAAAGAGCGGGACGAGGAAGACUACCACAGUCACAUCGCCCCACUUUGCUUGAGAUGUUACUGGCUCCAGAUAUCCGACACGAGAGGAAUGUCCUCCUGCAGUGUGUACGCUACAUUGUCAGAAACCACUUCUUUGGGCUGGAGAGCAGAUGUCACAACCAGGAGAAAACUGGAAACAAGGGCACAGCAGUUGUUACAAACGGAGAGCAUGAAGGAAGAUGGGAAGAAUCAUCAGAGAAAAUCCAAGUUGCGUCCCCGUUUGCCUUCUUGAUUAGUAGUGAGGGACAUUCAGCAGUCCUGGAUCUUGGCAGUACGGAGGGUUUAGUUACUAGUGAAGUUUCUGCAGUUAAGCAAGCUCCUUGUAUACUGAAUCACCAAGGGUCUACACGAGAACCUAAUGAACCUACUGUGGAGUCUUUAGGAAGUGUUGGUGAUUAUACAGGUGAUUUCAUCCCAAAUACUGAGGAGACAACAGCCAGUGAUGUAAACCAUCCGGAUGUGUCCUCGAAGGAUGGGAUCACAUGUAUCUCAAAUAUGUAUGAUGAUGAAAUAUGGGAGACCCCCAGUGUUCAAGUGUGAAAGACCCAAAAUAGUUGGUCUUAUUUUGUCCUAAACAUCAAACUGAGAUUCCAAAUAUGAAUGAAGAAUUUCUGUGGACAGGAAUGAUUUUUUUUUUUUUUUGAUAUGAGUUUAUUAUGUAAAGACAGACUGUCUUGUAAAAUAAAUCACGUGAUUUGUAGUGAUGAAUUCUGAAUCUUUAUCUUUUCAGUGUUUGACUAUCAAUAAAAGGAGUGAACUGAAA